CGUGCAAACUGCUAAAUAUAUAUUAAUCUAAAUUGGCGUUAUGGUAUAUCUAAACUUUAAAUUGGUAUCAUCUGACAAUCGUAAAGCAGUGGUUCUGUACAUAGACCGUGGCACAUUGCUUAAAUUCGGUAAUAUGAAGAACUGCUAAAUUAAAAAGAAAAGAUCGCGAUGACACCCAUUAGAUCAGUGCUAGAAAAGAAGGACGGCAGCAGGGCUAAUCAGUAUUUGGCUGGGAUAAGUGCUUGCAUCGCCCUCUUCACCGCAGGCAUCCACGUGGGCUGGCCGGCGCCAUCCUUAAAAAUAAUCCUCUCCACGGAAUACCCCUUCCGGAUAAGCGAAGACGAGGGCUCCUACAUAGUCAUCACCAGCUGCCUAGGGCACAUCGUCGGCGCCAUGACGGCGUCAGCUCUAGCCGACACCAUCGGCAGGAAGUGGGCUCUGCUCUCGAUAUCCCUUCCCCAACUGGCCGCCCUGAUGAUGAUCUGCACCUCCUACCACACGAAAUACCUCCUCUACUGCGCCAGGAUAAUAGGUGGUAUAAGUGAGGGGGCCGUGCUGGCCGUCCUGCCCACCUACAUGGCGGAAGUGGCGGAACCGGAAAUACGUGGGUUCCUCGGGACGUUCAUGUCCUUCGUGUUCGUCCUUGGCGUGCUCUUCGUUAACAUUGUUGGUUCCCACUUGGACAUCUACACCACGGCGUUGAUCGGCAUGAUCUUUCCCGUCCUGUACUGGGUGGUUUUCAUAAACUUCCCAGAGACUCCCUACUAUUACUUCAUGAAAGGAAGACCGGAACAGGCCGUUAAGAGCUUGAAGAUCCUGAGGAGGAAGAAUAGUGUCUGGAAAGAAGCGGAGAGUUUAUCAGCUGACGUCGACAGGCAAAUGUCGGAAUCUGGGGGGUACCUAGAUCUAUUCAGGGUGUCUUCCAAUCGUAAAGCGUUCUUCUUAGUUGCUGCAGCUAGGAUUUUCCAGCAGCUUACCGGAGCUUCGGCUUACGGGCUCUAUUGUCAACUGCUCAUAGGAGGAUCCACCAAACUCUCCCCAGUACUGGGUUCGUGCUUGCUCAUGGUCACCCAGCUGACGGUGAUAUGCGUUUCUUCCCUCUUCAUAGACAAGAUUGGAAGGAAACCACUCUUUACUCUCUCCUCAGGACUCAGCUGCCUCGUUCUGUUCAUCCAAGCUUCAUUCUCCAUCCUCAAAACCUACUCCGGCUUGGACCUGUCAUUCAUGCACUGGUUUCCGGUGCUGGUAAUGGUGUUCUUCGUUUCUUUCUUCACCAUGGGUCUUGGGGUGGGUCUUAACAUCUUCGUUUCGGAGAUAUUCUCUUCCAGUAUUAAGGCAAAGGCACUGUCUUUGAGCAGUAUAGUGUACUCUUUUUCCAUGAUGGCCAGCAUCAAGUACUACCAGUAUACUGCGGAUAAUUACAGUUUGGCGGUGACUUUCUACACAUUCGCGUUUUGUACUUUAAUAGGCACGUUCUUCUUCAAGUUUUUCCUGCCAGAAACCAAGGGUAAGACCCUGGAAACCAUCCAACAGGAGCUGAAGGGGAGGAAGAAGAAAAUGCCUUUUCGCGCUCAGUCUUAACGGUUUGUAACGUUUAUUUAAUAAAUUUUUUUAAUCGUA